CAAGUUCGGAUUGAAGGAUUGCACCCUUGUCGGAUCGCAGUACAACGUCGACCAGAAGUGCCUGUUGGCAUGCGAGUCGGAAGACGGUAAAUGCAAGGUAGCGUGUCAGCACCCCAAAAUGAAGUCAUUCUGCGGGGUCAAGUUGCAACCGGGGGCCAUCUGCGAGGGCACCCGCGGUUACUGCGACGUCUUCCAGAAGUGCCGCCGCUCCGACGAGCAGGGGCCGCUGACGAGGCUGCAGCAGGCGCUAUUCGGCAUCCGGACCAUCAAUUCCGUCAGAGAUUACAUCACCGCGCACCCGUUCCUGUCGCUCUUGUACCUCGUACUAUUCGUAGCAUUCAUGGCGCUGUUCUUCCGCUGCUUCUCUGUCCACACGCCCAGCAACAACCCGCACAAGCCGAGCAGAAAGUUGAAGGAGACUCUGCGGCACCCAAAGAGCUUCUUCGCCUUUUCAACAGCGGGCAGGACACCGUCGGGGAGGCAGCGUGGAAGCCUAUACUGUGCUUAUGCAUUGUCAUCCUGCUCCUGGCGGCCAUUGUUGUCUUCCUGCUGAUAGCGAGAGAAAGCUCGUCGGAGACACCUCAUCGCUGUAAGCGCCUGAUGUGCACGGACCCGUACGAAGCACUGGGAAGCCUUCUGAACUACAGCGUAAAACCUUGCGACGACAUGUACGCCCACGUGUGCAGCAGGUGGACCAGCAACGCAGAGCAUGCGGGGUUCCUCCAGGAGUCGCUCGACUACUACCUGACCAAGAUGCACGACGUCUUCGAGACCUCAGAUGGCAACGCCGUGGGGGAAGAGCUCAGUGAUGGCUUGCGGACCGGCGGCGUCCUCUUCGCGCAGUGCCUGGCUGCCAUAAAAGGCAAGGAAAUGAUCCAGCAGGAGGCCGUGGUUCUUGUGCAGGAGCUUUUCCUGAAAAGAAUAAUUGACAGCAAGUCGCCGACCGAAGCCGUGAGGGAGGGCACGGAAAUCUCGUUCACGUUCAACCUGAACGGUUUACUGACGUUGCGUCCUCAGCGGCUGGACACUACAGUGGUGAUGUACGCAUUCAAGGGAAGCGCCGUGAAGCCUUCUUUACCAGCCACCGCUGAUGUGAAGCAGUGCGUCAGGGACUUCGUUUCGUCCACGGCCAUCGUGACGGACGUCCAGGCAGUUGCGACUGCUGUACUGUCGCUGGAUCGCAUCGUGGCGACACAUCAUCGUCGUGCAAACUCUGUGCACAAGAAGAUAGCUGCGAGGCUACUUCAAGAAGUGUCUCCCACCCUAAAGGCGCUCGUCGCAAAUCCCAUGGAACGCCUGACUAAAAUGUCCAGCUUGAGCAAAGGAUAUCUUCUCGUUCGCGACUACGAAAGCACGCUGGACCUCGUUCACUUUUUUACGAGACCUUCCAGCUCAUACAUCCCGUGGUAUCUCAUGGUGCAAAUGCUGGUUGACGUGCUCCUAUUCGACUACGUGGCGAGGUAUGAGCUGAACGACAAAUGGCAGGCGCUGCGUGCCUGCUCCGUCGUCGUGAACAGGGCCAUGUCCCACGUAUGGUCAUCCCUGAGCAGGCAAAUGAUGCUGAACAAGACGAGCCACGACCCCAUUACUGAACUGUUCGAGAACGUUAGGAUGGAGCUCACCUCCACUAACGGCUACCUGCACAAAUUCGUGAGCGAUCCCACCUUUUCUCGAUUGCGGAAUGCCCUCGGGAAUAUCUCCUUCGUGUCCAAUCAUGAGCUCUUGGAGCACCAACGUAAACUCGUCCUCAGGAGUAGUUUGCUAGUGCCGUCCAACCAGCACUUCGUGCGCUCCUACGUAGACGUCCGCCAGAAAACACGUUCCGUGUCGCUCACGUGGCCUCCGGACGUUCUCUGUGACAUCGCUGCACUUUUGGAGAUGGAACUGACCCCAUCAUAUAGGGACGAAACGAAUUCGCUGUUCCUCUCCACGGCCCUCGAAAUGCCUCACAUUUUCUACUCGGACGACACGGCACGCUUGCUCAACUACGGCGUGCUCGGAGCUGCACUGGCGAGAGAGCUGAUCCUAGCCGUCGUUCCGGGUGCACAACUGGACAAGCUCAGGGCGGUGUGGACGUCGGAGGCGGCCCGGCGGCUCAUGGAUCGCAUGACUUGCUACGUGGACACCGCCGCAACUCAUGACGAGCGUAACGCGACCGACUUCAAGUUGGAGCUCUUCCCAUGGUUGAUGAGUGCCAGGGUCGCGUAUGACGCACUGAAGAGGCACUUCAGUUUUGCGCAGGUCGACAGCUCGACGUGGAAGAUGGUGCAGAAGCAGUUCUUUCUGCGCUUCUGCCUGGCGGCGUGCCAUUCGUCGAACGCUGCGGUGGUCAGCCCUCGCGACAAGUGCAUUUGGCCGCUCUCUGGGAACCCCGCGUUCGCCGAGGCAUUUGACUGCCCCGAUACCUCGCGCAUGUCGCGUCGGAUGUGUCGAACAUAGACGCUCGUGUCUGGUGAACGUUGGUUUAUCAACGGUGAUCUUUUUUCUUUAUUUCUUUCUUUUAUUUACGUGGCGUAUGUUACUUGCGCCUGGUUGUGUCAUCAUAACGCAACGGAGCCAACUCAUAACUGCGAUGAGGACGUUUUCUUUAAUUGCGGCGUUAUUUAUUGUCUAACUUAACUCAUUGCCUUUUAUUCCGAUCUAAAGACUUCCAUAUGAGUGUGAUUGUCCGUAAUUAUCUAGAAGAUAUAGGAACUAGCCAGCUGAGUAGCGGUAUGUCGUCAGCUCGCGCCAUAAUGGCAAAUGGCAGUGAAUUAUGCUAAUUCGUGCAAAACUUUCAAAGCUUUCUUUAUCAUUGAAGUUGGCUGUGAGCGGCUUCAUAAAACUAUAUUAAUGAAGAUGCACUUUUCGUGAGCAGGUAUAGCGAGUACCGUAACGUGGUUCUAUUGAAUUUUUGUUGUUUCUGCUCGACGACUCGCACUGUAAAGUAUGGCGCCGACAGCUGGAGAAAGGUACAAUAGCCGUAGUGACAAAUAAGGCUUAUCCGCUUAUCUCUGCAGCUUACACGGUGUUGACGACCUUAAAGGCAGCACCACCUGCCUACUCGGGGUAUUGGCGGAAAACCGGGCCGAUUUCAGAAAUAUAUCGGAGAGAGAAAUGUCAUUCUGUGUAUAUUGUGGGCAUUUAACAUACGCUUCCUCUUUUAUUAUCAUGCGUGCCCUAUGCUUCAUCGCCUCUAUGUGUAAUCGCCGUUGUGCGUUGAGCCUGCGUGUGGCUGGCCUGUUUUCUCAUGAAUAAAGGUUAUUAUAUUGCCACCAAAACAACCUGGGAAUGCAUUUUGAAACAAAUAUGCAUUCUCCCUGCCUUUCGUAUCGGCUUCGCCCCCCUCCAAGUAACCGCAAUUAUCGGGAUUGUCUAUGGGCUGGAUGGCCGAAAUGAACAGGAAAGGACGAAACGCGCUUCUUUGUGCCUUACUUGGUUUAGUAUCGCAGUAGAAUACAGGAUGAAGUAUUCUAUGAAAA